AUGAAAAAGUAAUCAAAUAAGUCUUUAAAAACUGAGCCUACUGCAAGAAGAUCAAAUAAAUCCCCUACAAGUCCUAAUGGUAAUCAAAAACCAGAUGAUCUCUUUACUCAAAGUUAAGUAAAUUAAGAACUCUUAAAAACACAAUAGUCUUUUCGUAGUUCAACUGGCCCUUAAGGAUAGACUCCUUCAAUAAGGUAAACUAAAAAGUUAUUGCAGUAAUUCUAAAGUGACAUAAUCAGUAACAUCUCCUGUUAGAAACUAGUAGAAAAGACCAUCAUAGAUAAUCUCAAAAUAAUAAUUACAAAAUAUGCAUGAACGUUCAGUAAUAAAGGUUCUUGGAAUGAACAUGGAAGCAGUAUGUCCAAAAAAGAAUCAUGAGAAAAAUAAAAUGCUAUAUAUUUGUUAAUAUGGAGAUUGUAAAGCAGAUAGUAGAUUAGGAUGCUCAUAUUGUUUAAUAGAAUCUCACAAUGAUCAUUCAUCAUAAAUUAUGGAAGUUUAAACAUUUUGUAAGAUAUUUGAUGAUAGAAAGAAACAAGUAUAUCCAAAAAUUAUGUUUUAGUUUAAAAAUAUGAGUGAAACUAUUUUACAAGUACCAGACAAGACCGCUUAAGUAAAUAAUUACUUUGAAUAAUUAAGAGAUCAAUUAAUUGAUCGAUUAAAUUAAAUAGAAAAGAAUAUUUUGGAAUCUAUUUAAGAAGAAUUGGCAUGGAAACCACUAUAAAAGGAGAUUAUUAAUAGAAUAGAUAUUCUAAGUUCAAAACUUAUCUUUGAUAUGACAUAAGAUGAAUUAAAAGAAAGUUUAGAAUUUAUUUAAGGUAAACAUUUUAAAGAAUUGGAAUAUAUAAAAUAAGAGACAAAUAAUUAUUUAACUUAAAAAAUAGCUUUAGUAGAACAAAUUUGGAAUGAUUAUAAAACUUAAUUAUAAACAGAUUUAACUCAUUAAAUUAACGAUUAUAAUAAAAUAGCAUUUUUAGAUCCAAAAAGCAAAGAGUUUGCAGAAUAUAAGAUGAAAUUUUUUGAGAAAAAAUAAAUAAAAUUAAAUGAAUUGAGUUAACCAUACUAAUAGUAAUUAGAAAUAAUUUAAGAAGAAGAAAGAAAAGCAGAAUUGAAAAAAUAAGAGGAAAUGAGAAUAUAAUAAUAAAUAGAAUAACAAAGGAAAGAAGAGGAGCUAAAAAAAGAAAAAUAAAGAUAGAAAUAAAUAGAGGAAUAAAUUAUUAAAUAAAAAGAAGCUUAAAAGAAUUCUGAAAGAUAAAGUGAAAGAGAUAAAUUACUUAAAAACUUUCCUUAUAAAUUAUACAAUGAGGAUUGUGGACAUAGAACAAAGUGUAAUACAAUACCUAUAUUUUCAUGUUGUAAUAAAGCUUAUCCUUGUUCUCAAUGUCAUGGAUAUUUGGCUCAUCCACCAAGAAUAUAAGUACCAAGUUAUAGAUAUUGUAUGAAAUGUCUUGAAAUUUAUUUGGUUGUAUAUCCUACAAAUUAAGCAAUUAAUUGUUUGAAGUGUUAAAAGUGA